AUGGAGACUCAAUCCAUACUACUUCAGAAGUCCUGCUCAAAUUGUCAAGCGCCGCCACACCAAUUGGAGGUUUUUAGUGUGAACCACAUUGGGGACUGGAGAAAGUCGUACAUUAGCUAUCUCCGCGACGGGGAAACUCCGACUAAUCAAAAGGAUGUUGUCAAGAUAAAGCAAAAAGCCAAGCGCUGGGGACUGGACAUUAUCGGGAAAAUCAAUCCGCCGUCAUCAAAGCAGCACGAGUACAUCAUUACUGCGACAGAAUACUUCACUAAAUGGGUAGAAGUCAUUCCUCUACGAGGGAUUACAGGAGCAACGAUUGCGGCUUUCAUUAAAGAACAUAUCAUUUGUCGCUUCGGUGUGCCAAAGCAUAUAAUCACUGAUAACGGCACUCCCUUUGCCAAUAACCAGGUACGAGAGUUACUUGAAGAGUAUGUAAUUAAACAGGUCUUCUCCACUAUCUACUAUCCUCAAGGAAACGGACAAGCUGAGAGUACCAACAAGACACUGAUCCGGAUCACCAGUCGAACAGUACAUGACAAUCCUAGAGAAUGGCAUGACCAGUUACCAAUGGCGCUAUGGGCAUAUCGAACGUCACCCAGAAGCUCCAUUGGAGUUUCUCCAUACUCACUUGUUUACGGUGCAGACGCAAUUCUCCUAGCAGAGAUCAAAAUCCCAUCAUCCAGGAUUGCAGCAGCAACCGGGGUCCACUGGAAUGAGGCUGAAGCAUCCAACUCUAGAGUAGCGGAGUUAGACACUCUGGAUUUCAGAAGAAGCAAAGCAGAAGAACACACUCACGUGUACAGGAAUAGAAUUUCCAGGGCAUACAACAAAACUGUGAAACCACGUGUUUUCAAAGUGGGGCAUUUGGUCUUGAAAACGGCCAAACACAUCCAGCAAGACAUGUCCGCACCGAAAUUCUCACUGAAAUGGGAAGGUCCUUAUACGAUCACCAAGGCUUACAGUACUGGCUACUAA